AUGUCACAAUUUUGUGGGUACACGUUAGAAAUUGAACUGAAUGAUGCCAAGGGUACAAAAGUGAAGGGAACUAUUGGAAAUAUUCAGGAUAAAGAUCUCUUACUCUCCGAGGCACAGUAUUUACAAGGUCCAGAUUCCAAUUCCAACCAUAGAGAUCUUCUCAUCAAGGAGGGCACAAUCAAGGAUCUCAAAGUCGUAGGUAUUCCACCUCGAAAGAAAAAGGAUAAAAAAAAGAGCAAGCAAGAAAAGGAUAAGGAUAAGUAUUCGGAAACCAAGGCACUGAAAAAGGAAUCGACCUUGGCCUCAGGUAAAGCAGAUUGCAAAGGAGAGAGAGUCCAAAGCACCCAAGACCCCGAUAACCAUUAUAAUUAUCAUUCAAAUGAGAUUGACUGGCAGAAUGAGAAUCCUGGCACGCUAAAGAACAUGGAGGUUUUUGAUUUUGCAUCGAAUCUUCAAAAGUUUGAUAAAAAGUCAGUAUUUGAGGAGCUUUCAAGAUUGGACAAGACAGAUCCUCGCAACAGAUUAGUCGGGCAAAACAAGCUGCCACAAAAAACUAAUUACGAAAACACUGAAAUGGUGUUACAAUCUAGCCAGAAAGACACUUGGGAAAAUAUCAAUUCAGCCAAUGACUAUACUCAAAGUGCAUUGGGCAAUCAAGCAAAUGAAAAAAUCAAAGAGCAAGAGACCAAUUUGACCAAAGGAGGUGUACAGCAAACCAACCAGUUAUCUUCAGUCAUAAAGUCCAAUGUAAAAAUAUACUCUUUGGAAAAAGAUCUCAUUCCUACAUGCUCCCCUAUUCAAUUGGCCGAAAUUAUUCAGCUCUGUUCUAAAAUGUUGGGUGUUUCUAACGAAGCAAUGAUUUAUGAUGCUGGUAGAAGCCUGGCAGAAUUGAUAGUGAAAGAAAUAAUAGGGGAAUUUAGAUUAUCCAAUUUGAAUCAUAAUGCACCCCCAUUGGUGCUUGUUCUAGCAGGAAAUAAUGUGUCGGGAGCAAGAGUACUUACAGCAGGAAAACAGUUAUCCAAUCAUGGCAUUAGAGUCUUGGCAUACGUGCUUCAUGAUUCGGAGGAGUCAGAGGAUGAAAUGCUGGACAUUGUGAAGUCAAGCUUAAACAUUUUGACUAGCACUGAUGGAAAAAUUGUGAAAAGCAUACCAGAACUAAAUCACGUCUUGGAGCAGGUGGAUUCUCCAUUGGAACUCAUAAUUGAUGGUCUUCAGGGAUAUGAUACAAAUCUUUGCGAUCUGAUCGAACCUGAGCUCAGUCGAUCCAAAAAUAUUGUGGAAUGGUGCAACAAUUCCAAAGCCCCUGUUUUGUCGCUUGAUGUACCUUCAGGCCUUGAGGCUUCAUCAGGAACUGCUGAUUUUGAAACAUACAUUGCUUCAAAUUACUUGGUUUCCGUCGGGAUACCUCUCAGCUCCGUGCUGAGUCUGUACCGCUUCGGAUACUUUGAAAAACAGGAUCUCAAGCAUUUCUUGAUUGAUUCGGGGAUUCCUAGAAAGGUUUUCACACUGAAGUCCAAUCUGAGGAAGUUUGACAGGUAUUGGUUUACUAAGAGCUGGUAUGCAAUCUUGAAUGUUGAAUAG